UCGGAAGAAAGGUGUGUUGUCUCCUCACAGACGCACAUACAGUUGUUGGUGAUUCUGCUGUUUCAUCAGUUUUACAAAUUAUCGCCUCGCUGUGUCUUUCCUAAGCCAGAUAUCGGAUAGGACACAAGGAAAGUAGACUUUCUUCUAUCUUCCUGGGCAUACACAAUGUCUGAACGUAAAGUAUUAAACAAGUAUUACCCUCCGGACUUCGAUCCUUCUAAAAUACCCAGGGCUAGAUGCCCAAGGAAUCGACAGUUCACUGUAAGACUCAUGGUGCCUUGUAACAUCAAGUGCUACACCUGUGGGGAAUACAUUGCUAAGGGGAAAAAAUUUAAUGCACGUAAGGAAGAUGUUGAAAACAUGACCUACCUUGGAGUGAGGAUCUAUCGUUUCUACAUAAAGUGUCCAGGAUGUCUUGCUGAGAUAUCCUUCAGGACUGAUCCAGAGAGUACAGACUACAUCAUUGAGGCAGGUGCUCACCGUAACUUCCAGGCCCUGAAACUUGCAGAGGAGCAGGCAGCGAGGGAAGAGCGCGAGGCUAAGGAAGAAAUUGAAUCCAACCCAAUGUUGUUAUUGGAGAACAGAACCCGUCAGUCUCAGUAUGAAAUGGAGGUUUUAGAGUCUUUAGAGGACCUGCGAGAAAUGAAUGAUCGUCAUGCUGGAAUUGAUCCUGGCAAGAUUGCUGAAAGGUUUGAGACAGAACGGAAAAUUUCACAGGAUCAACUUGAUGAACUUGAGAGAUUGGCUGCACUGAAAGCUCUUGGAUAUGAAAUGGUUGAAGGUGAGAUGGUAAAGAGAGUUGCUCCUGAACAACUUGAUGAAAGCCCUGUCAAGAAGAAAUCAAAGACAGAUCAGGAAAUAAGGCCAGAUAGCCGUGGAAUGAGUAGUGACCAGAAAAGUGCAUCAAAUAUGAAAUCUCGUCUAGCGGGCAUCAUAAAAGCAAAACCACGAUUACCGAACUCAGAAUUGAAAGAUGCAAAAUCUGAAUCAAAAUCAGACUUAAAAGUCGUGAAGCCUCAAGAAUCAGAUAAGAUUGACAUGCAACCUGGUACAGCAAGCAGUGUGCACAGUGUAGUAGAAGACAAGACGUCACAGGCAGCAGUGCCAGUUUCAAAUGGAUUGUCAUUCAUAGGUGCAUAUUCAGACUCAGAAUCAGAUGAUAGUUCAUAACUCACAUUGCAUUGCAUGUUCUGCAUACAAAGCUGCAUAAUGUGAACAUGUGCAAGUCCAUUAAAGAUUUCAUACACUGUGUUAAACUUGUGAAAAGUAAAGACUACCACUGUACUUUAAUUAAAUGUGAAGUGUUUAUUUAUGAUUGAAGCAAAGUUCUUGGAUGAAAUUAAUAAUAAGCACCAAUUCCCAAGUUGAAAACUGUCUCUAAUUAUGAUUUUAUUAGCAAGUAGCAACAAUGUAAUGUAGAAAGAAAUGUUGAUAAUGGAUUUGCAACAGAUGUUGCUUUAUUUUUCUUCAGAUUCACUGAGAAUUUAGCACCAACAAAAGAAUGCCAAAUAAUAUGAAAUUUUUUUAUAGAAGCUAAUAUGUGAAGAUGUGCUUGUAAAAGUAAGUGUGUGAGUAAAUAUCAGCUGUUCAGCAUGUAUAAUAUGAUAAAACAAUAUACGUGAAGAACUUACAGAAUAUUUCUAUAAUUUACAUUGUAAUUACACUAAUUAUUGAAAUUUUAGAUUUACUUGUAUUGUGUAUGUUCUUAUAGACUUCAAAUAUUCUCAUAAUGUGUAAACUCAUACUUCAAAUGGAGUUCUGUGUAAUUAGCUUGAAAGAAAUGUUUUUGGUACAGAAAUGAUGACUAACCUUUAUGUAAAUCAAGUUGGUAUAAGAAUUAAUAUUGAAAAAUUUUCAUUGGUUGUAUUCAUCCUUAUUUUAUAUCUCAUUAGCAUAUCACUUUACCUACAUAGAGUGAUGUAUACAUGCUACUAGUAUGAUUCAUUUAUGACUUUGAGAGUUAUUGUUGGAUUGUUCUCUGGCUUGAAUAUUAUGGUUUGACCAUUUAAUUUUGUUAAAUUUAUUAUUUCUUUUUAUUUCAACAUCUCACUAGUUUACUUGAUACCAUUACUAAACUGUACUUUGUCAAUAUUAUAUGAAAGAAGAAUUAA